GGAUCGGAGAUGUUUUAGGAACUUUGUUCUCUUCAAUUCUUGUAAUUGUCGUAAAAGUACUGUUAGGAUAGUAUCAUAGUGAUACAUCGAACAGCCCUCUUCUUUUAAGAACAUGGCUCAAAGAUGGACUUUUGAGGCGCCAGUCAAUGUCACUGCAACUUCUUUGGUGAACCUUACGUGGGCUCCUCACACGUUCAAUAUCGCCAAAUAUGGAGAUUUCCCUCUAAAUCUAUGGCUUUUGCGCGCCGAUUCACAAGACAAUACAGUAGUUGAAGAUUAUGCACCUUUUCUUCUUGCUGGCAAUCAGGAUGUCUACAAUAAUUCUGUUCUAUGGACACCCACGGUCGAUGAUAUCGAUUUCAAUGUUUCCAACGCCGGAACACAUCAGCUGGCAUGGGAGCAUAGUUCAGAUAACACAAGCCUCAAUUCAUCAAGCACAAAAUUUGAGGGGUGGUCAAGGGGAUUCCAUAUCAUGUCGCCGGUCUCUUCGAGCACCUCUUCAACAUCAUCCCCCACCCCAUCAUCGACCUCAUCAAGUUCAGCAUUUUUAACAACCUCAGUAACCUCAGCAACCUCAAACAUCCCAAUAACAACAGCCACCUCCCAAGAACCCACCCAACAAACUGCCUCACCAACUGGACCUAGCAGCGCCCUUACUAUCGGCCUAGUGAUUGGAAUCGGAAUCCUUCUAAUAAUAUUCAUUGCCGCUUCAUUUUGGGGGUUACGAAAAUAUCGUCGAGCGAAGAAAGAUUCAUCGCUCGGACUACUAGAAAAAUCCCCGGGCUCUCCAUCAGCAUCAAAUUCAACAAUGUCUUACAACUCACCAUCCCACUCGGUGCCGAUGUCGAUGCCACACGAAUACUACGCUCCAUCUGCAAACCCAAUGCCAGUAACUAGUGCCGAAUUAAAUUCAUACGCAACUUCGUAUUCAAUCCCCUCGCCAGCACGUGACAGAACAAUGGAUGAAUUCUCGCCAGGAAAUGUCAAGCCAGCAGAAUUGCCCGAUAACGUUAAGCGGGCUGAGUUAUAAUGUGUAAAGCAGUAUUAUCUGUUUAAUUUUGGACAAUUAAUGGCAGAGAUGGUCAACAAUAUACAAAUAAUUUGGAAACAUGACCGAAAUGGUAAAUCAGCA